AAGCCAUGGCGACCUCUUUUGCUUUCCUAGUUCUCUUUGUUUUGAUGAAACUUAUCCAUAAUUUGUGGUGGAAACCCAAAAGUAUAGAGAGAAGAUUAAGGAAGCAAGGGAUCAGAGGCACUUCUUAUCGGCCCUUCAAAGGGGACACGCCAGAAAUGAAGAAGCUUGCCAAAGCCUCAUCUUCUAAACCUAUCUCCCUCAACACCCAAAUUGCCCGUCGAGUCAUCCCUUUUUAUCACAACAUGGUAAAGCGAUAUGGGAAAGUUUCGGUGUGUUGGUUUGGAAGUAGUCCAAAGCUGAUCAUAGCGGACGCAGAACUGAUAAGGUUGCUAUUAGAAGACAAGAAAGGUGAGCUAGUGCAUCCACCUCUUAAUCCACUGGUGAAUCUUCAGCAUUUGGGUUUUGCAGCCUUGGAAGGGCAAGAAUGGAGUAAACGCAGACGGCUAAUAACCCCUGCUUUCCACCUUGACAAGUUGAAGGGAAUGGUUCCAGCGUUUUCAAGGAGUUGUUGCAACCUGGUGGAGCAGUGGCAGAAACUGGUAAUGGAAUCGCAAGGGAAGUGUGAGAUUGAUGUAGCACCACAACUCAGUACUUUGGCCUGUGACGCCAUAUCUCGAACAGCCUUUGGAAGUAGCUACCAACAAGGAAAGCAAAUAUUUGAACUCCAAAAACAGCAAUCAUUUUUAGUCCGCGAAGCCUAUAACUCCAUCUAUAUCCCAGGCUUCAGAUUCGUACCCACAAGGAAAAACAAGAGAAGGUACCAAAUAUACAACCAAAUCAAAGCAAUAUUGAAGAAUAUGAUACGACAAAGAGAAGAUGCAAUGCAAAGAGGAGAGGUGGAAGGAGAGCUUGAUUUGUUGGGCUUACUUUUGCAGUGCAAAGAACAAAGCAUUAAUGAUCUGACAAUUGAUGAUGUGAUAGAAGAAUGCAAAAUGUUCUACAUCGCUGGCCAAGAGACCACAGCCACCCUCCUCACAUGGACUAUGAUCUGCUUAUCUAUAUACCCAGAUUGGCAAGACAAAGCAAGACAUGAAGUUUUAGAGAUUUGCGGUACAGCAAAGCCUGACUUCGGAGCCAUUAAUCGCUUUAAGAUAAUACCAAUGAUUCUUGAUGAAGUGCUGAGACUUUUUCCCUCUCUACCUUUUAUCUCGAGAUACACAACGCGAGAAACCAGGGUGGGAAAUUUGUUGAUACCUGCGGGGGUUGAGCUGUGUUUAUUGGUGAUGAAUGUUCAUUAUGAUGCCGAUUAUUGGGGUGAGGAUGCAAAUGAGUUCAAACCAGAGAGAUUUUGUGAAGGAGUUUCAAAAGCUUCAAAGGAUCAAAUGGCAUUUUUCCCAUUUGGUUGGGGUCCAAGAAUUUGUGUGGCCCAAAAAUUUGCAUUGAUUGAAGCAAAGAUGGCUUUGGCCAUGAUUCUCCCACGUUUCUCAUUUCAACUCUCGCCUUCUUACACUCAUGCCCCUUGCCUUCGUAUUACUGUUAAGCCACAAUAUGGUGCUCCUAUCAAUCUACGCCCUAUCUGAAGAAUUAAUGUGAAAUGUAUGAAUAAGUAUCUUAGGUAUUUGUGUAU